CGAUGUUAUCCCACUUUUAUGUUACCAAUAUUUUAAUAAAUCUCAGAUUUCAUUUCAGAACAAUAUGGCAGAUUAUUAGCUAGAGAAACCCUCAAAAAUAUGAGCAUGAAUUUAUGUUAUUGUCAAUACCUGAUGAAAUAUUAUAUACUGUUUCAGACUUAUUGACAACAUGGCAGAAGGCAAGUCAAAAUCAGAGAAGAAGUACAGUGAGAAAUCCCUGGCUGAGAAGUAUAACGAGAUCCUUAGCAACAAAGAAAACUUCAAAGUGACUCCCAAACAUGUCAAUGCACUGGCUCCCAUAUGGUUCAUUGUAACCAUGUUUUGCACAUUCUAUUUGGGACAGUUCUGUGUGGCCCCUGUGGUGCAUGCAAGCUAUGAACUCUCUGCCAGUACAGAGUAUGUUCUAUAUGGGAUCUCAUACUGGGCAUUUGCGCAGUUGGUGAUGAAUUGGUACUGUAUACGCAAUGUAGGAAGUAUAUAUAGAAACACAGCACGUGUUGUUGAAAAAAAUGAUAACCAUGUGCAUAUAAGUGAAGUAAAUGGAUCUAAUAAAGGACAAAAUUAUGCAACAAAGGACAGAAGUGAGGAAAAUGAAAAAUCAUUAGAAAAUAAUGAUGGAGAGAAUGCAGGAUCGUUGGUAUGGAAACGCUCAAGAGGAGAUGGUCAAAUUUAUGCUGUGAAAAUGCCUGCAAGUGGAGCUAAUAACCCUGAUCAUGGACAUUCUGUAGGUCUAUGCCCUGAACAACCAGUCAUGUACUCAUACUGGUCAUGGAAACCUUGUUUAAUAUGCCAAUAUAAUGUUCCACCAAGAACUCACCACUGCCCGCUGUGUAAAGCAUGCAUCUUGAAACGAGAUCACCAUUGCUACUUCACAGGUCGAUGCAUUGGACUAAACAACCAGCGUCACUUUAUUGUGUUUGCAUUCUGGGCCUUCUUUGCCUGUACCUUAUCAGUGAUAUAUACUCUGUUUUAUACAUACAUUAUGAUAUCCCAUCUUGGUCAAUUAUCAUGGACGGAUAUUUUAGUACCUGUUACGUUUGUCCGUUGGUGUUUGGGAUAUACUGGAUUCUAUCAUGUGAUCUUAUAUUUCGUGGUUAAUAACCUAGCAUUUUUUAUGAUCGUCACUUUCAGGUAUGUCAAAUUUCAGUUGAUAUUUAUCAGAAAAGGCGUCACGGCAUUUGAGUAUGAUUACAGGAUUAAAAUCCAGAAUACAAAUUCUUUUCACAAAGAAUUGAAAUCAGUAUUUGGUGACCAUUGGUAUUUGAAUUUUAUUUUUCCUUGCCACAAUAUCUUCCCUCUUCGACAGAAUGCUCUUGAUUGGCCGAAUAUUAAACAAUAAAACAAGGACUAGUCUGAAGUAUUCUGUCUAUUACCAAAUAAAACAAGGAACUAGUCUGUUUAUCUAUCAAACAAUGAAACAAGGACAUCAAUUAUUCAAAAAAUGAAACAAUGAAAUUAGGAUUCAUUGUAUACUAAUAGAACCAAAUAUUCAACAAUGAAACAUAAACUUGCCAACCACCCAAACAAUGAAUCUAUCAAUGAACUAUAUGUACAUGUAUUGGACAAGGACAAAAACUGACCAUAAAUGUCUAAAUGUGGAAGACUAUACAUGUACAUGUAUGAUAUUUAGUAGUUUUGAAAUUAGUAACAAGAAUGACUGCUUUUACAGUACCUCUAUAUAAGAAUUAUGUAAUGACAUGGGUAUUUAGCAGUUAAAUUUAAUAGAGCUCUGGUUAAGUAUUUUGAGAAAUUAAGAUGAUUAUAAAUUAUAGUAUUAUUAGACAAAAUUUUUAAUGAAUACUCUAAUACACAUGCAUUUAU